AAAUACAUGAAUGAGUGGCCUAGAUUCACUAGAUUGUAAUGUGAUUGGCAUCAGUGAUCAUUACAAGUUUUUAAAUCUAUUCUACAUUUUAUAUUCUAGAUCUACCUAGACCUAUUUACGCUAUAUAAUUUGGUUUGCAAAAUAUAAUUCAGAAAAUUUUAGUAGAUCUCUAAUACUUCGUCUGUCAUUUUUAAUAAACAGUCACAAAGGUAUGGCCACAACACAUCUUGUUUUCUCAUAUGGAACUUUGAAAUCUGGUGAACCCAAUUUUGAAGUAAUGAACAACCCAUCAAAAGGUAGAUCAACAUUUGUUGGCGUAGGAGAAACAGUUAAACGUUAUCCAUUAGUAGUUGCAUCCCAGUACGCUGUACCUUUCCUACUGUUGGUUGAAGGGAAAGGAGAGAAUGUACAAGGUGAAAUAUAUGAAGUUGACGAGCCUAAGUUAGCCUCCCUUGAUGAACUAGAAUGUCAUCCAGACUUUUACCACAGAAAAAAGACAGAAAUCCUCAUGUACGAGGACAGCCAGGGCAACAGCAUCGAGCCACCAGAGAUCAAGGAAUGCUGGGUGUACUUCCUCCCUCGCUACAAGCCAGAGAUGAUUGACCUCCCCUAUUUAAAAAAGUACAACUCCAUCUCAUCAGAUCACCCGCCAUAUGUAGCCAGUGAGACACUAAGUUGUGUGGACGAUAUAUGAUGUAGUUUUAGUGGCAUGGAACUCAAGAACAUACCCCCUGCAUCUGUGUUAAAUUUUUAUAUUUUAACCUAAACCAAAACUAAACCUUUAUGCAUUGUGCAUUUUCAUCUAAUUUGGCUACUUUGUAUUUUUGUUUUUGAAAUUUAGUUGAGGGUAUAAGCAUUAAAACAAAACAAAAAACCUAAUCUAGCUUCAAUGUCAAAGUGUGAACAAAUACUAUGCAUUUUCUUUGUGAAACUUUUAGAAGAAAAAUAGAUCUAUUUAUUACAAUAGUUUUAAAUAUUUUGAUUUCCAUUACAAAAUAAAAAAUUCUGCCUCAUAAAAUGUAAACUAAGUAACCAAUGUUAAUCUGCAUGAAAAUGUUUGAUCCCAUGGUACAAGUUAAUUCAAACUCUUUGUUAAUUUGACUUUAAAAUUUAAAAAAAACUCAUCAGAAUAGCCAAUUUACUACCUCUUAUAUAUUAUAUUCAAGAAAUACAUGUAUAAUUUAAAUGUGAAAAGUGCUCAAGUAUUUAAAACCUUUUUUUGUUGUAAUUUGUGAUUUUUUUAAAAUAGUAAUUUGACUAAUUUGCAUUUAUACUAUUUACUUAGCAACUUUUUAAAAUGUUAUUCCAAUUUACAAAUAUUUUUGUUUAUCAGAAAAGACAUAAUUGAGUUUAGGUUGUGAUGCAUGUAAACUUAGGUUAAAAACUAACUUUUAAAAAUGCAUGUCACUUGUCAUAUUAAUUAACUAUUAUUUGAUGGAAUGAUGUUAUACAGUAUUUCAUUAACAAAUGAUUAUUUACUUAUUCAUUUUUAUCCUGUCUGUUUGUGUAUCAAACUAAUCACAUGUUAAAAGCAGACUUUUUAUUUUUAGUCUAUACUUAUGAUUCUUUACAUUAUAGUGCUUUUACUUAAUUUAGUCAAUUCUAUCCCGUGACUUUCAGUAUGUUAGAAAACUGUUAGGUUAUUGCAUAAGAUUAUCAUACAAAUGUUUGUGACUUGUGGGCGUAAUAGUCACAUCUUAUUGACAUGCUGGUUAUGGUUUUAGAUACUGAACAUUGCUCUGUCAGUAAUGAUGUUGAAGAAAAAAAAAUUAAUUUUCAACUUUACUGGCAGGAGAAGACAAUCUGUCAACUGUCCUCAUGGUGUGAGUAGUGUACCCUGACUAAAAAUGAUUAAUUCUAUUAUACACUGUUGUUUUAUUUUAUUUUUUAAAACAUUCUUCUGUACAAUUGUUUUCAUAAAGCUCUAAUUUUUAAAAAAUGUUUACUAUUUUAAAGUUGUAAACAUUCUAAAAAAUGUAUUAUUCAAAUGUCGAUAAUCUGUUGCAAUAAUAUUCUUAUAUUUAAAAAUAUAUUUACAAAAUUUGAAAUUUUUAGAAAUUCUAUUAUUUGAAUUUGUUUUUCUAGUUAUAUUUAUUUCACAAUUUUCUUUUUAUACAACUGAAUUUAAUCUGCAAGUUGCUAGUUUAUUUGUUGUAGCCAAAUCCAUAAAAACUACGUUACUAAAAGUUUGUUGUUCUUCUUUUUCCCCACUAUUUAACAACUAUCAACACAGCAGCAAUGAGGAGACAGACUUGUGCCUCAUCAUGGAACUCCUUCACUCGCCAAGAGAAGACGGCACCGACAAGAUAAAGAGGACGGAGAAGCCAUGACACGCCAGGCUUUGAAACACCCAGAUGAAAGUUAACAUGCAUUGGUUCUUCCAUGGUUCCAAUCUUACCCAGUUGUGGCUCCUCUCUUGAGACAAACAAAAAGAAGUAAAGAAGUCAAUAAAUGUUUAGCUUUAUAAUUUUUAAGUUAAAUCUAGUGGAUCUCUGGGCGGGGGAAUGUUACAUUUUAGCUGUUUAUUUUUUUUUAAAUUAUGACAUAAAUUUAAACUUAUGUUUUUAAUAAAAAAUUAUUUUGAAAAUGUAUUUUUACCUAAAAAUUUCUAGAACAAAUAUUAUGGCAACUAUCUGUCUAUUACUAUAGUAACUUACCAGCCAUGCUAAGAACCUAUGAUAUUAUUAGUAAGGUUUCAGAUUCAUAUGACACCCCAUUAUUCAUGGUUGGUAGUUGCAGAUUGAAUGAAUUGUUAGGUAGAAGUAGAAGCUUUAUACUAUUAUAAAUUGAAUUUUAGAGAAAAAAUUAAUUCUUUGUGCAUUAAUUUGUUUUUCCUUUUUUUUUUGUCUUGAAAAAAAAAUGAAGUUACAUCCUAAGUUAAAUUAUUUUCGGUUAAUAUCUUUUUUUUUAAAAAUUUGUUUUAAAAGAUAAACUCAAAUUUUUAUAACUCAAUCUAGUUCGAUUUUAAUAAGAAGUUACAAUUUAUAUUAAGUUUGAUUAUUAAAAUUAACUCAAUGACAAUGAAUGUAUUAAGUUAGUUAAUCUAUUUUAGAAAUAAAAUAUUAAACUUUUACUUGGAUAUGCUUUAUGUAAAAAUUUGAAACUUAAAGAGGUUUUAGUCAAUUAAUUUUUUUUCAUGGUUAUUUAUUUAUCUAACAAUCUUCAGCAUUUUUCCAUUAGUACAGUCUGCAGCCUACGUUUAAAACAUUGUUUUUUAACUGUAAACAAAGUAGGUCACAUGAUUGCAUGACUGUACUGGAAUUGUCCUCAGCCUCAAUGUUGGAAUAUCCUGUACAUAAUUCAGAUGGAUUGUAUUUCUUUUAACGGACUGAUGAACAAACAAAAUAACAAAUGUAUGAACGUUUACUUUGCAAAAUCGCCAACAAAAUUUUCAUAUACAUUAAC